AUGACAACUACUCAACUAACCAUUAAUAUUUCAAGACAUGAUGAUAAUAUUAAUAAUCAUAUUAUUAAAUCAUUAGAAAAUGAUAUGAAAAAAUCAUCAUCAACAACAACAACAACAAAAAAUAAAUCACAUAGAAACAGACGAUCAGGUUAUUCAAAUUUACCAAAACGUAUUCGUACAGCAUAUACACAUAAACAAUUACUUGAAUUAGAAAAAGAAUUUUAUUAUUCAAAAUAUUUAUGUCGACCAAGACGUGUUGAAAUAGCAUCAACACUUGUAUUAACAGAACGACAAGUCAAAGUUUGGUUUCAAAAUCGUCGAAUGAAAUAUAAACGACAAUUAAUAUUUGAAGAUUCAAUAUUAGCUGAAAAUUUCGAAGUAAAUGAAAAUAAUUUGAUUGAUUGUUUGAAACGUAAUGAAAUAAAAUGUUCAUCACAUUCAUAUUGUGAACAUGAGAAAAAUGAUCGAUGGUUAAUAGAUCAGAUAGAUGCUAAUUCAUCAAAAACAUUAGAAAAAAAUCAUUCAAUAAAAUCUAAAAAAUCUAAAGGAAAAAAUAAUGCUAAUAAUAUCAUGAUUUCUUCAAUUCAAUCAACUUCACCAUCUCCACAACAUCAUAAAAUCAAACAUUUAUUACCAAAUAGACAAAUAUGUACAAUGAUUGCAUCUCAAUCUAGAACAACAAUAAACUCCAAUUGUAAUUAUAAUAAACAUUCAUCAUCAUGGUUUCAUAAUAGACAUCCAAAUUCAUAUUACUAUUCACAAAUAUCUUCAUCUCAACCACAACAACAACAACAACAACAGCAUAUGAUAGUAAAUGUACCUGAGGCAUCUAAUGUUCAUGAUUAUCCAUUAUCAAUUUCAAAUGAACAUUAUCAAAAUUAUAAUUUAUCAAAAAAACAAAAUAUUUAUUAUCAACAACAACAACAACAACAGCCAACAUUAAUCGAUAAUCAACAACAAUAUUCGGAAAUAAUUAUGGACAAUAAUCAUUAUCAAACAUUUUCUCCUCAUUAUGAUUUUAAAAAUGAUUAUCCGAUAUCAUAUUCUUCAAUUAGAAAUACUCAUCCAAAUGUAUGA